CAAAGGUUCCAGAGUGGUGUCGAGUUCAAUAAUAACCUGGCUUCCGAUCUCUCGCCACUGCUCGCGCUCUUCGGUGAGCGGUUUGCCCAGCAGUUCAUGAGCUUCUCAAUCGGUUGGCUCGACAGUUUGGUUUUCUCGAUGGCCCCGUUGGGUGUCAUCACCGCCAUCGUCGGCGCGAUUAGGCUCGGUGGUCCAUCGUCCCUGCGCGGACUCAUCGGCCGCGCGAGGGAAACUCGUGCAGCGGCGGAGGUCGAACUGAUGUCUUCAACGUCUCACGAAGUCUGCGAACUAUGGAACGGCGACGCUAUCGUUCGCGUGAUGGGAUCGCCCCGAAUCCAGCAGUUCUUCUUCUUCGAGAAUCUUCCCGACAACUAUCGCGACGGAAAGCUUACCCAGAAUCCAACCGAGACCAAACUUCCAAUAUUCACUAUGUCGGGGGCCCUAGGGAACGUCAUCGUCAAGAGACCGAAGCGGAGGUCGCUGUUCAAUUGGCACAUCACUAAAUCAAAGGCGAACGACGACGAAGCAGGGGUCACCGAGCCCACGAAAAAUAUAGCUCCGAAUAUUUCCUUGAAUCUUAACGUCGAGCAGAAGGCGUGGGAGCUCUACGCAGCCGUCGUGGUUGGCAUCCUGACACAGGUUGCCGUGAUCGGGAUCGCAACCUAUACCUCCUACUCACCCGCAUUACAGUUCAACAAGGCCGGCCUCAUGAUCCAAAGCCACUCGUACCCAAUGGCUUGCAUUGGAACUUUGUUACUCAUGACCGGAAUGUUUGUAGCCGCCUCGGUUGUGCAGCAGAGUACCGACGAAGAGAAAUACGAAUUGCACCCCGAUCUGCCGAAGAAUGUAAAGCUUUUUGUCUUCUGGAUACAGAAGGGUCGAGUGAUCAACGAUCAGAAUUUCGAUUCUUACGCGAUCUUCGUCAAUGACGCUGUCGAUGUCGUCCGCACGUCAAGGCGGCAUUCGCUCGAGGAUAAUUCGGACAGAAAUGCAAUCCAACACAUACAAAUUUUCACUGUCUUCGGAACCGUGGCGGCGAUCGCCGGGUUUGUUUUGCAGUUCAUUGGUCUGCGUGGCCUGCAUUGGUCGGCUUCGACGGCACAACUGGCGGCAACCAUUCUCAUGACGGUAGUGAGAGCAUUACUCCGUCGUGAAAUCACCACGCGACCUGCCGCUGUAAAGCUGGAAAAAGGCUUCGAGUUGGAGUGGCUCGCAACAAAGCUG